AUGAGGCGGACGGAGUGGAGCGGUGGAGGGAGAGCUACAGAGUUUCCCAAAGAUGAGGCGGACGGAGUGGAGCGGUGGAGGGCUGAAGACACCAUGCCGUCACUCCCCAAGCUCUCCUCGGCAGGGAUGGCCUUCCUCCUCUCCCUGCUCCCUCUCCUCCUCCUGGGCCCCGGUAGUGCCCAGGGGGGCUCUCUCAGAGAACACAGACUGAGGGGCAGUGAGCUGGACCCCCAGCGAGGAGACACCCCCUACCUCCCCCCCAACGCAGACAUGCUCAAGGCCCUGGAGUACAUUGAGAGCCUCCGCCAGCGGACCGGGGCGUCAGCCCCACAGGAGCAGGCUUCCCUCACCCUAGACUAUGACACCACCAACAUGGACACAGACUCAGAGAAACUCCUCUCCAUGCUGAGGCUACCCUCUCCUGCCCAGACCAGUCAGAGUAAUAUAGGCCAAGGCCAGGACCAAGAUGAGGAUGAUGAGGAAGGGGAGGGCAACAAGGAGAACAAGACCCAUGAGUGGCUGCAGGCGGUACUGAAUACCCUCCAGCAGACCAAGAAGGGCCCCAAGCCAGCCCCUGUGAGGCCCAGUGCAGCCCGCCACACUCUGGGCAAAGGGCGGAGACCGGCGAACGAGGAGGACAGCCAGGUGGGAGAGGGCGUGGCGUAUCCGUGGACGCAGCGUGCUAGCCGGCCUCACAGGAAGUACCCGCUGAUGUUUGAAGAUGAAGAGGACAGUGAGGGGGAGGAAGAAGGCAGAGUCCAGGGCCGCGAGAGCCCCUUCAAACGCACCAAUGAGAACAUGGAGGGGAAGUACACGCCCCAGAACCUGGCCAACCUGCAGUCUGUGUUUGAGGAACUGGGGAGGAUAGCCAAUGCCAAGGCUGGACACAAACGCCAGACUGAGGAUGAUGAGGAUGAUGAAGAUGAUGGUGAUGAUGAGGACAUGUUCAAGGUGAGGAACCUGGCCUAUGAGGAUGUGACAGGGGGAGAGGAUUGGACGCCCCUAGAGGAGCAGGUGGAUACGGAGGAUGAAGAGAGAGACAACAGGCAGGAGUUCGACAGAGGCUUGGAGGAUGAUGAAGAUGAUGAUGAUGAUGGUGAUAAUGAAGAUGAUGAGGAGAUUGAUGAGGUCAAGCGAUCAAGUCAGCCAGGUCCGAGAGAAUAUGACCCAGUUGACUACUACCUUCUGAAGGUGCUGGAGAAAACAGAGCAGGAGGAGCGGAAGAGAGAGCUAGAAGAAGAGGAGAGGGAAGAGAGGAGGUCAGCUCAAACUCAGUACAGUGACAAGGUAGAUCCACAGGCCAUUUACCAGCUCAUCCAAAUCUCCCAGAAACUACAAAUCCCACCAGAAGACCUGAUGGACAUGCUGAAGAGUGGGGAGAUGACAAAACAGGACAGGACACCACUGAGGACACAGGCACAGUCUUGGACACCUAAUGAUCUGGCCAGGGUAGAGGACAAACUAACUCAGAUCUCCUCUCACCAAAAAAAUAAGAUCCCUCCAGAGACAUUCUUCAACAGACGGCUGCCUGAGACCCAAAAAAGCAACGUCCCGGAAGAAAUAAACACAGAAGACAUUCUAAAAAUCCUCGGGCUGGGAAGUGUGGCAAAUCAGAACGCACCUGCACUCAAGAAGCAGAAACAGCAUACAAGCCCACCGUCAAGGUUUUACGCGCCAGCUGGAAAGCAGAAAAACUACAUGUUCUCUGAGCCAAAUGUUCCAGAGAAAGGAAAGGACGACUACGACAACACUGUCGACGAAGACGAGCUGUCGACGUAUCUGGCUGCCCAGAUGUUGGCACAGUAUCCGCAGACAGCAAACAAGGCAGACCAAAAAAAGCGCGCCUCGCAGCCUCCCUCACAAGACCAUCAGCUCGUGCUGGGAACGUUGGAGCAGGCGAUACAGGACUACUACUUUGACCAAAUGGACUCAGAUAAAAACCCGCCUCAGAAAAGACAGUCAGAACCCAAGGAGGACACGGGCGAUGUGUCACAAACGCAGGGCUUGGAUGACGACACGCUGCUGAAAAUUCUAGGCUAUCUGAACCCAGAGACUGAAGAGGGCGAAGAUAAGGACCUUUAUGCCAAAACUGUCAAAGGACUGUAG